AUGGGAAGCAACCACGGUAAACAAAAUGGUAGAAGAGAAAAUUAUAAAAGAAGAUCAAGUUUUAGAAGAAUAUUACAUAUUUCAACACGUGAAAUAAAUAAUCCAUCACGACCUGUAAGUUAUGCAGGAAUAAAUCAAUACUAUGAAGAACAACAAACUUCAAUUCGACCAAUAUCAAUGAUUAAUAUUAUUCCAUUCAAUAGUUUAGAUAUAAAAACAUCUAUUGAUAAUUUCGAUAUUGUUUCUCCAGAAGCAAUAUCUGAUAUGAAUCCGAUAUCACGAUAUUCUUCUCAGAUAAUAACAAUAAAUGAAUCUUCAUUACAAACUACAAAUAUUCAUGAAGAAGAUAUCAAACUAACUAUUACCAACAAAUUAGAUGAAAAUAAUUGGAAAUUUUAUAUACCAUUAACACUUGAAAAAAUUCGUUCAAUAACAAUAUUAAAAGAUUUAUUAUAUGAACGUAUAAAUACAGAAUUAAUUCAUAUAUUAAAUCGUUUAAUUCAAUUUAAAAAAAUUGAUGAACAUGAAGAAUUUCAUGAUUGGUUUUUUAGUGAAAUAGAAUAUUAUAUGUAUUCAUUUGAUGAUGAUGAUGAUGAUGAUGAUAAUAAUAAUUAUUGUCAUAAAUCAUUAUUAUUACGUUCAAUAGAACAAGAUCGUUUUGAUUGUACAAAAUAUUUACUUGAACAUCAAUUAUUACCAAGUAAAUUAGAUAUAAAUAAUAUAAAUGAUCAAGGUCGUCAUUGUCUAUUAAUGCUUGCACAUAAAAAUGGUCCCGUUGAUUUAAUAAAAUAUCUUUUAACACGUCAUUUAUCAUGUUUAGAUACAAAUAAAAUUGAUUUAAAUAAUUUUAGUUCAUUACAUCAUGCAUGUCGUCAUUUUAAUUUAUCUCUAUGUGAAACUCUUCUUCCUUAUACAAAUAAACAAUUAUUACAAAUUGAAAAUUCUGAAUUACAUACACCACUUGAUUAUUGGCUUGAAUGUUUAUGUUCAUUAAAAAAAUUAAAACCAACAUAUAUACAAUAUUAUUCAGAUAAUUUACGUCUUGAUUAUUUAUUAAAUAAUAAAAAUUUUAUUUCAAAUAUUUAUUUUCUUCAAACAAUAAUUAAUCGUGGUGGACAAUUAACAAAAUUACCUUUACGUUAUAUACGUUUAGUUUUACCACAAUUAACAUUUGAACAAAAAUUAUCAUAUGUUGAUCAUUAUGUUAAUAUUUGUUGUAUUUUAUAUAAAAAUCGUUUAUCAACAUUAAUACAUAAUUAUGAUCAAUUUAAAAUAAGUAUUCAAGCAAGUGAAAUUUUAACAGAAUUAAUAUGUGCAUUAGGAACUGUACAAGUUGAAAUACAAAAUCGUUUAACAGAAAAUGCUUGUUCAGAAAAAGAUCAAACAAUAAAAAUAAAAGAACAUGAAAUUUUACAAACAAUUAUUCGUAUGUUAUAUGGAAAAUUUUUUCGUUUAUUUGAAUCUAUUUAUAAUAAUCCAGAUGUUAAUGUAAAAAAUUUUCAUUUUGAACAUGUAUUUCGUCAUGUUUGGAUGUAUUGGAAAGAACCUGUAAAAAUAUUUAUGAAACAAUCGAAAGAAAAAAAUUCUUCAUUGAAAUCAAUAUGUCGAAUAAAAUUAUUUAAAUAUUUAAUGAAUUAUCCAAAUGAUAUACAAAUUUUACCAAUUAAUUCUUUUUUAAAACAAUUUAUUGCUUUUGAUAAUCAAUUUUUUGUUAUUGAAAGAAAAUUUUAA